UUUAGUUUUUCGUAAAUAUUUUCAAGUGUUUUCUGCUAGAUAAUGAUUCAGACAGUUGAAAUUGACGACGGCACUGAAAAAGACUGCAAAUGCCUCCGCAUAGCCGGUCACCUGGAGGCGGUGGCGUGGCCCCUGUACCCUCGCGGCUACAGGGCGGCCCCGGGACCCCUGGCCGCGCUGGACUUCACGCAACACCCUCACAUCUGGAUGCACUAUGUCGAACCGGGGGAUGGUAUUCUGCCUGAUGAUGAUGUUCUUAAAAGCACAGACCCCCGCUACUGGUCGCUACACGACCCACUCCGCUACUUCCCCGGGGACCUCCACUGUGAGCAGAUCCUGCUGCCGGCGCAGUACCCCAACCUCCAACUCACCUCCAAACACGCCGAGCACCUGUGGAGGGUGAAUGCGGCCGGGAAACGCCACACUGCGCUCUAUGAUAAGAACAAGUAUAUCGCUGUGGGCAGGACUAUGAAGAAAAUGAUAACUAGUGAAGUUCAGAUGGAGAGAUUGAUAAUUCCUGACCAGUUACUGAAACUAGAUCGUAUGGAUCAUUUUCAAAGAAAAACAUUCAUGAAGGAACUUCUGGAUAUAAUAAGUGGUCAGGACAACCUGCAACUCGUCUCUCUGGAGCACCUGGGCUGCCGGCGCGGGGAGGCGGUCCGCUUGCUGCAGCAGCUCGCGUGCUUCAACAGCGACUCGCUCAAAUACCUGUUCCUGUGGAGAUUCGUGCUGCCCACGGAAAACCCGAUGCUUAUCAACUACAGCUACGUUACUGGCGGAGCCCCCACAUCUUCCACGGCGCUCUGGUUCACUCGGAGCCUGGUGCAACUGAAGAGUCUGCGUCUCCUGGCGAUGGAGUAUGCCCAUCUGGCUGAUGACACGGGCCGCGCGCUCUUUGCGCUGCUACCUGUGUUGAAGACACCGCACUUCUGGCUUCAGCUGAUCUGCCGCGAGGAGCACACCCCGGGGGUGGCGGACCCGGCGCGGGGGGCGGGGGGCCGCCACAUCCCCGACGCGCCGUGGCGCAGAGUGGCCGUGGCGUGCCCCGACCUCUACCUGACCAUGGCCUUUCAUCGCAUCCGAGACUACGACAACGCGCGCCGCUUCCUAUCACCAAGCAUGCCAGUGCGCGAGGUGCACCUGGAACUCGGAGUAGACGUUCUAGAGCAGCAGAGACAGCACUCUGACCCUGACUGCCUCGCCCGCCACGUGGCUUACCAGUACGGACAUAGUCUCGUAACGUUCAGCCUGCAUCAAUGGCGGUUCACACCGUUUCCCCUGCGCCGCGUCUUCAAACUGAUGCCAGGACUGGUGCGGUUCUACUACAUAGGGAUGGUGGAAGAUGAGGUCGACGUGAAGAGGAUGCUCAACCUCAUAGCCUGUGGGGUUUGCCAAAACCUGAAGGAAAUCAAGAUACAAAUACAAGACGAGCGGAGUCGCGGGGAAUACUGGCGCCAGAGUGUAGACUCACUCACGGAACAAUACAGUGAAAUCAUGAAGCUAUACGACAUUGAUUUCUGUUUACAAUUAUACAAAGGCUAAUACCA